UAUAAUCAACUCAUAUAUCCUACAUACUUCUUAAUCUGCAACAUUUCUUCAUCCCCUCUCGGCACUACCCAACGCAAUGUCCUGCAUUAAGGAUUGCUUCUCCGGAAUGUCAUACUCCGGCGGCAAUCAAAUCACCAUAUCCAAAAAGAAGAAGAAACUUUUACUUUUAUCUCUUGUUGCUUCAGUCUUAUUAAUAGCUGGAGUUACCGCAGUAGUCGCCAGAGUAAAUUCAAGAAAAAGAGACUCCCAUAUCUCCCCGGCUCACAUCAUUGUCAAAUCUUCGUGCAACAUUACUUUAUACCCAGAUUUAUGCUAUUCCACCAUAGCCAGUUUUCUUACACAAAACAAAAAUGUGAAAAGCCAAAGGGAUGUAAUUGAAUUAGCCUUGAACAUUACUCUUACUACUCUUCAGAGCAAUUACUUCAAGGUGGAGAAGCUCAUAGCUAAGGGCAAGAAGUUGACAGAACGUGAAAAAACUGCGUUGAAUGAUUGUCUGGAGACGAUCGAUGAGACCCUUGAUGAGCUCCAUGAAACUGUUGAGGAUCUUGAAGAGUAUCCCAACAAGAAAUCUCUUAAAGAACAUGCUGAUGAUCUGAAAACCCUAAUGAGUGCUGCCAUGACUAACCAAGAGACCUGCCUUGACGGAUUCUCGCACGAUAAUGCAGAUAAGCACGUGCGAGAAGAGUUGAUUAAAGCAGAAGAUCAUGUGGAGAAAAUGUGUAGUAAUGUUUUGGCUAUGAUCAAGAACAUGACUGAUACAGAUAUUGCAAAUGAGAUGAAAAUGAGUGGAAGAAAGCUUAUAGAAGAUGAUGAUAGCAGGUGGUUGUCUGCCGGAGACAGGAGGCUACUGCAGUCUUCCUUCGUGACUCCCGACGUGGUGGUGGCGGCUGACGGCAGUGGGAAUUACAGUACGGUGUCUGAAGCGGUGGCUGCCGCGCCGGAGAAGAGUAGCAGGAGAUAUAUAAUUAGGAUUAAGGCUGGUGUUUAUAGAGAAAAUGUGGAGGUGCCCAAGAAGAAAACUAACAUAAUGUUCUUGGGAGAUGGCAGAAGCAACACUGUUAUCACUGGAAGCAGAAAUGUAAAAGAUGGUAGCACCACCUUCCACUCUGCCACUGUUGCUGUGGUAGGCGAAAGGUUCUUGGCUCGGGACAUUACUUUUGAGAACACAGCGGGGCCUUCGAAACACCAAGCUGUGGCACUCCGUGUCGGCGCCGAUUUAUCAGCUUUCUAUAGAUGCGAUAUAUUAGGCUAUCAAGACACUCUCUAUGUCCACAAAAAUCGCCAAUUCUUCAUCGAAUGUUUAAUCGUCGGCACAGUCGAUUUCAUCUUCGGCAACUCUGCCGCCGUGUUCCAAGACUGCGACAUCCACGCAAGGAGGCCGGAUUUCGGUCAAAAAAACAUGGUAACAGCCCAAGGCAGAACUGAUCCGAAUCAAAACACGGGUAUUGUUAUUCAAAAUUGUAGAAUUGGAUCCACUUUGGAUUUAAGAUCCGUUCAGGGUAAUUUCACCACAUAUCUCGGGCGGCCGUGGAAAGAGUAUUCGAGAACUGUUAUAAUGCAAUCUUUCAUAACCGAUGUAAUUCAUUCUGCCGGUUGGCAUGAAUGGAAUGAAAGUUUCGCGCUUAAUACUCUGUACUACGGCGAGUUUCAGAACAACGGCAUCGGCGCCUCCACUUCCGGGAGGGUGACAUGGAGAGGAUAUAAGGUGAUUACUAGUGCUACAGAGGCGCAGAGUUACAGCGCCAGCAGAUUCAUUGCAGGUGACAGCUGGUUGAGCUCUACGGGAUUCCCAUUCUCUCUAGGGUUACAAAAUUGAAACCCUAAUUCUUGGACUUGGUAAGUGUUAAUGAGCAUCUCUUGUGGCAACCUCGAUGUCAUCAAGAAUAUUAGAUCACUUCAAUAUGUCGAUUUGGUUUUUAUUCAAUCAAUUUGGACUGGAAACUAGAGAUAAGUUACCCAAACAAGCCCCUGUUUGUUUUCCAUUAUUUAGCCAUUAAAAUGAAAAAUAUAAUGAUUAUCUAUUAUAUCAA